AACGCUUUGAGCCACUGCAAGACAAGGCUUGGCAUCAGUCAGCGCACCUGUUUGGACCAACUACGUCGCAACAUAUAUCUACAAGUCCGUUUGGAUGCUCAAGCUCUUAAGAUGUGUAUCCGCGAACGACUUCGACAGCGCAAGUUCGAAAUUGAGAAGCUUGAACACUCAUAUAGGCAAGCAGUGAAUGAGCACAAGCUUAAUUCUCAUGUCGAUGUCGCAAUCCAGUGGCGCAAUCUGACAAUACGAAAGCUCAUUUAUUCAUACAAUAGCCUAUGUGCUGAUCUCAGUGCUCUAAUCAGACAACACCGCAGUCCUCCCAAUACCAUACCACCCAACCCUAUCUCUCCUACCGGUAUUUUCGAUCUUGAUAUUGAUGCUGACAUUUGGCAGGACAUCGGACUGGAUGAUGUCGUGCCGGAGCCCCCAGAUUGGUUAGCUGAUGAGGUCACUCGUGCUGUGAUCAAACUGGUGCUCAAGAUUGACCGGUGCAACAAAGAAGAGUCUUGCGUGAAGGUUGAGCGCUGCACCCUGCAGGAGUGGGCCAUUGUUGAGUGA